GACGACUGGAAAUGUAUGAUAACCGUGUCGAUGUUUGAGGAGGCUCCGAUCCAACUUUGCUUGCCUCGUGUGCUCCGCCAUUUCCCUCGGUAUAUAAUAUCCAUGUAAUAUCUGUUCUUCCGAUCUUUUGUGUCCUGUUUAUCAGCCCCGUUUUGCGGAAUCACAUCGCAUACUUCAAGGGAUUCGGCGAUUAUAUUGGAUGGAACGAACCCAUUGCUGUGAAUUGCUAUCUCAGGUAUCUCGUGUUGUUUGAGCUGGGAAAAGGUACAAAAGAUGUUUUCGUCGGCUCUCAAAUCCCUGAGCUCCAAUAUAUCAUCAAACUACCACAUUUCUCCACACCCCACCGUGGUCUCUGGUCCUUGGAAAAUUCAUGACGGGAAAAAGAAGUCCACUGGCACCACGGCGUCCAUCUUCAUAUUUGACAAAAAAUUCCUUGAACCAAGAUCAAGCGGGCUCGGAAGUCGUUCCGGCUCUUCCACCAAGAAGCUGCAAGAAGAUGUCGUUGAACGCCUAAAAAGGGAAGCGAGCAAUCUGGCGCGGCUCCGACAUCCCUCUGUCCUACAAGUGCUAGAGCCCGUGGAAGAGACGCGAAAUGGCGGUCUUAUGUUUGCUACCGAACAGAUCACUGCAUCUCUUGCUGGACUACUUCAGGCAAAGGAUGCACAGGAUAGCACUUCGAGGGUUGGCUCGAGGUCCAGCCGUUAUAUGGUAGAGGAACCUGAUGGCACACGACGGCGGAGAGACCUCGAGAUCGACGAAUUGGAAAUUCAAAAAGGACUAUUGCAAGUUGCCAAAGGCCUCGAAUUUCUUCAUGAGUCUGCGGGGCUCGUUCAUGGCAAUUUGAAUCCCGAAGCCAUCUAUAUCAAUGCCAAAUCCGACUGGAAAAUUUCCGGCCUUGGAUUUGCUGGUCCUUCUAGUUCUGCAGAAUCACGCUCGACUCUUCCACCCCUGGCUUUGUCAGAGGUGCUUUACCAGGACCCGCGCCUACCUCAAUCCGUCCAGUUAAAUCUGGACUAUACUUCGCCCGAUUUUGUACUCGAUUCCAACGUGACACCUGCCGCUGAUCUAUUUUCACUUGGGCUCAUAAUAGUAGCUCUCUAUAACUCGCCACAUGUUUCGCCUCUGCAGACGCAUGCGAACGUGAAUACCUACAAGAAGCUUUUAAGCUCUCCAUCCAGUACCCCUUCGCAGGGCAACAACUUUUUAUCCUCCGGCACGAUUCCAAAGGAUGUUGUUUCUCACGUCUUACCCAGGCUGAUAACUAGGAGACCUGCUCAACGUCUGAAUGCUCGUGAAUUCCAACAAUCUCAGUACUUUGACAACAUAUUGGUCUCGACGAUCCGCUUUCUGGAAUCUUUACCCGCGAAGAAUGCCCACGAGAAGUCGCAGUUCAUGCGUGGGCUCCAGCGAGUUCUGCCAGAGUUCCCAGUCUCCGUGUUGGAAAGAAAGGUUCUGGGGGCCUUGUUGGAAGAGCUGAAGGACCGAGAGCUUUUACCACUUAUUUUGAGCAAUGUCUUCACAAUACUGCAGCGCAUCCCGAAUGCGCGUCGUACGUUCCCGGAGAGGGUGAUACCUCAACUCAAAGAGAUUUUCCCAACAGGCAAGAGUGUUGUACAGGAGCGUGACGCCAAGAGGGAUGCGGGUCUCAUGGUCGUCCUGGAAAAUAUGAAUGUUGUGGCAGAUAAUUGUUCCGGAAAGGAAUUCAAAGAAGACAUCUUGCCACUUAUUCGACUCGGACUUGAUUCACCAACACACUCUUUAGUAGAUGGCGCCAUCAAAUGCUUACCGGUUAUCCUCCCGGUUCUUGAUUUCAGCACUGUGAAAAACGAAGUCUUUCCGCCAAUUGCUUCGACUUUCAGUCGAACAAACAGUCUUGCCAUCAAAGUACGAUGCUUGGAGGCGUUCGCUGUUCUUUGCGGCGGCACCAUGGGGGACAAGGGGGCAAUUGAAGAUGAUCUGUCGGGUGUGAGCCAGACGAGUAAAUCACAGUCUAUCAAGUCAUCCAUUUUGGAUAAGUAUACGAUACAAGAAAAGCUUGUCCCCUCAAUGAAAGCCAUCAAAACGAAGGAACCAGCUGUCAUGAUGGCUGCCUUGAACGUCUUUCGCCAAAUCGGGACGGUUGCGGACACCGAGUUUCUUGCUCUGGAAGUCUUGCCAGUGCUAUGGAGCUUCAGCCUCGGGCCUCUUCUUGACCUCCGUCAAUUUGGGGAAUUCAUGACGCUAAUCAAAAGCGUUUCGUCCAAAAUUGAGCGAGAACAGACGAAAAAGCUUCAAGAGCUGUCAUCGGGAGGAGACUCCGGUGGAUUCCAAAAUGGAACCGGGGGUUCUUCGACGGCAUCAAUCACAAUGGGCCAGUCUAGCAUGGACAACACAAGGGAUACUUUUGAGCGCCUUGUCCUAGGGCGAGGGGCAGCAACCUCGACUGACCAGGAUAUUGAUCAAUGGGGUAGCCUCACCUCAGGCCGUCCGGCGGCGCAGUCUACUGCUCAAAAGACACCAUCUACGGGCUUUUCCUGGGCGUCGGGCACCACAAGUCCAGCCGUGAAAGGAAGCAUGCUUCCAGCACAAACCAACCUCAGCAUGCGCUCAGUCACUCCUGAUUAUAACUUGAGCACGUUCCCGUCCUUAGAACCUGCUGCGAGGGCGAAGUCUCCCCCAACGCCCACAUUCCCUACCCUACAGCCUUCACCUUCUUCGUCCUGGAGUAUCCCAAGUCCUCCGGUUAAUCAGCAAUCGAUCCAGAAAACAAAUGCCUCCGGACUCUCCCUAGGAGCGCUGGCGAGCAUGAAGGCACACGCUCCUGCAUCCAGUCAAGGCACUCAGCCUAUCCCUAAUUAUUCUGCAUUCUCCAUUCCCCCGCCCCCGUCGGGCCACACCGCCAUAGGGGCCUUUGGCAGCCCUAGUGGACUGGCUAAUACAGGGACUUCGGCAUUUGGCGCAAGCACCUCACCAAGUGCAUUCGUGAACAAUAGUGCAUCACAGGGAACCCAGAAACAAGGCCUCGACAAGUACGAGAGCUUGCUCUGAAGGAUCUGGGGUAAGGGUAUACAAUUGAUUCAAUCUCAUUUUUGCAUAUUAUAGCCACUGGACUUGAAUACUCUCUGGUUUUUUUAUUGCUUUUUCGGUGUAGUCACAGGUUUUGUUGCGUGUACAGGGUCAUGCAUGAUUCCCCCUGGUCUCACAGGCGUAGUUCAGACUGGGCUUCAAAAGUUUUCCAUUUGCUUUGUUGUCUUAGCUCGGUGGAGUUGGGGCAAGAUUGUCACUUGAGUACUACUACUGUAUCAUCAGAAUACAUACUAGCAAUACUGGCGAGGGAAUAAUACUGUGAGCUAUCCGGUGGAGCAGAGCGUGGAA